AUGGCUACAGAUCCUCAAACUCAAUCUUCGACCGAUCAAAGCUCAAAUCCUCCUGGAGAUCCUCAAACACAGUCAGCCCAAAGUAAUCCAAGCAUACCGCUCACUAUGAUCAAGAAUCCUCUGGAAGAUCCGUCAAAUCCCUAUUUCUUGCAUCAUGGAGACAAUCCGGGCAACACUCUCGUAUCACAGCCAUUAACAGGACAAGACAACUACACUUCAUGGAGUAGAGCCAUGCUUCUUGCCAUUUCGGUCAAAAACAAGAUCGGCUUCCUUGAUGGUUCAAUCUCUAAGCCAUCAAUUUCAGAUCCUGUUCUUCACACUGCCUGGAUCAGGAACAACAACAUGGUAAUCUCUUGGAUCUUAAAUUCUGUUUCUAAAGAAAUAUCGUCUAGUAUAUUGUACGAUGAAUCUGCCUCAACUAUCUGGUCAGAUCUUAAGGCCAAGUUGUGUUUGUCAUGGGUGCACUUGUGGAGGUGUUAA